AUGAGCGGCCGCGGCCCCAGCGGCAGUAGGAACGUCAGCUCCUCCGGACGCUCGCCGUCCCCGUGGCACUCCCCGCACUCCUCGAGAAAGUGCGGGAAACUCGCAUGCGCAGGCUCCAGCUCGCCUCGUUUUAGCAGCAGCGCGUACUGCCGCAGCAGCCGGCUAUCCACGAGGCAGCGUUUCGGGUCCUUCAGAACACACGAAAGCGCGGAGCGGUGCACGCCCGUCUCGGAGCGACGCGCCCCGCCUGCCUCCUCGCCGUCCUGCAGCAGCGCCGACACCCACGUCCGCUCCAAGUCCGUCAGACACCAGUUGCUGAGGCAGUCGAGGGAGACGCGCCGCGGCAUCAGCCGUUUGCUCCGCACAACGUCGGCGAGGACGCGGCCACGCUCGCAGGGCCACAUCGCCGUGUGA